UCCAUCUACUGAAGCCAGACAUGACAUGACAUCAGACAGAGAGAAAGUUGGAAGAUUGUUCAUGAAGUACGUUUAGGCUGUCUGAAGGCAGACAUGACAUCACUGUUUGAUGAACAGAGGGGUCGUCUAUGCACCGUAUGCUACCAUCAGUAUUCAUGCCACGGUGGUGCUGUACCACGCAUCUUGACUUGUGGCCAUAGUUUUUGCACUGGUUGUCUGAGUAGGAUCCUUGGUCAGCUAGCCCAUGGCCAUAUUCGCUGCCCGACCUGCAAAGGAGACACCCUUAUUCCAGGCCUCUCAAAUGACAUCACCAAGCUGGCCAAGAAUUUUGGAGUCCUGGAGAUUUUGGAAGGAAUCGAGGAUGGUGGAAGGGUGGUGGAUGGAGCCACAACCUCGGACCCAGUGUUACUGUGUAAUGAGCAUGAGAAUGAACCUAAGAAGGUAUUCUGUUUGCAAGAUGAGCUAUUGAUCUGUAUUUACUGCCAAGUGUAUGGAUCUCAUCAGGGUCAUCAGUGCCAGCUGGUGACUGUCUUAGCUGAUGAAAGCCGCAAGAUGAUUGGGUCGUUUGUGGAGCGUUUGAAUGAACAGAAAGACAGCACUGUGUCUGUGAGUCGAGCGGUCAAUGAGACAGUCGCUGCUGUGCAGGUUAAGGAGGAUCGACUAAUGUAUGAUGCAACACGCCAUUUUGAGAUGCUUAGACGCAAGCUCAGCCAGAGAGAAAACCAAGUUAAGAUCCUACUAAGCAACAGGACAUCAGCAAAAGUCAUGUUACUAGACAAACAGAAAAGAAAGUUGAAUGAUUUGAUUGUGAAGAUGGAUCAACUGAGUGCUUCCUGCCAAGCCGUCCUGACUCGUCCUGAUUAUGAACUCGUUCAGCAAAAGACAAAGUUAGAGACCGAGUUCCGGAGCCUAUCUACCUUCAUUGAGGAGCGAGACUUACGUCCAUGUAUCAAAGAUGAUCUCCAUUGCUUCUUAGAUCCUGCCAUGUUGGUGCGUGUUGGUAGUCAUGGUAUACUUAUUAAGGAACCAGUCUACAGAGGGACCACGGUUACCACAGCAUCAUCCUCUGCAACUGCAAGCUCAUCACAAAGAGUUGAUUCCCCUACCCAUGAGUCAGUUGGUUCUGGAGGGGAUGCAGACAGACAAGAAGGGGAUUGUGAACAUAUCGAAUGGCCGGCAGAAAUUGAUGUCAGUGGUCGUAACACAAGCAGACAGCAACUGAAUGCUUCCGAUGUUAUUGUCAUUUACGACGACAUGGAUCUUGAACCUACUGCAGCAGCAGGCAACAGCAGCAGCACACUAAUACCCAUUGAAUGCCAACAACAGCAAUCGCAACAUCAUCGAAUGUGCCACUGUCGUGUUUGCAGUAAUGACGCGACUAGACAACCUGGUCAGGCUGGUCUCAUGGCAUCUGCUACUAAUCGACCAAGGGCAGCACGAGGAAGCACCCAUCAAGUUCUAAAACGACUGCAAGUCCCAGUGUCAACCACUCCACCAUCCAACAACUCAAGUUCCUCAGGAGAUGAGGAUAGUCCUGACCUGAGUGAACUCAGCGACAUGGAACUAGACCGCCCUCUACGAUCAGCGUGGGCCAAUCGGGGAGGAUGGUCAGCAACGAUCACAACCAGCAAUGCUGCGUCUGAUAACGGUGCUGUGGCGAGUAUCUCAAUGGGAGGUACAUCAUCAGAGGCUGUAGUAACGGAUGUCUCACAGGGUAUUGGAUUGGUAGAUGCUGAUGCAGAUGUAGCUAUUGGAGAAACACCUCAGGAAGGAGCUGUUGGAGGAGAACAACCACAUACAGCGGUAGAUGAGACUAGAAGGGAAGAGGUAGAGCCAUGGGAAGUUGUGACCUCAUCUCCACGGCGACUACGCAGGCAAGCACACCAAUCAUUGCAACAUCAGAGACUAAAAGGUGCCCUGAUGUGCUCAGUGUUCAACUGUACGUCAACCAACUGCCACUUUUAUGUCCGCUGCAAAAACUGCUCUCGCCUGUUUUGCCAGAAGUGCAUCAACACGUCUAUCAGCGCCCGCCGUUGCUAUAAACGCCCUCGUGGACAUAGCUUUAUGUAUAUACCAUGCAAUGCUGCGAAUGCCUCGGGCAGCAACAGCCAAACACAUCAGCACCUCAGCCACCGCUACCACCACGCCCACCUACGCAGCCUGAGACAACAUGAACGCCAGGGGAUUCAAGCCGACAGUGAGGCUCGCAAUACGGAAUCAACCGGCUCUUGGCACUGUAUACACUGUCUGAGCGUUAAUCCAGUACAGACUGGAGUUCAGUGCUGUACAAGCUGUGGACAGGUGAAUGAGAAUCAGCAAGAGUCAGAUGAAGUAACAGAGUUGAUGACAUUCCCACCUUCUCCAGGUGACAUUCAGAACUCACCAUCACCUAUUGGUGGUGUUGUGUCGCAGAGCUCUGACAUGCAUCAAGGAAAUCCCACUCCUGACACCGGCAAUCAAGGAGCCGACACCGUACAUGAAGAGGUGUACAAUGUAGAUGAUGGCCCUAAUGCAGAUGAACAUCAUGGUCUGGAAGUUCUGAAUUGGCCUGCACCAAAUGAGUAAAAAUGGUGUUCAAAAUUAAACAUAAUGGGAAUGGGAAUUAAAGACGAUUUAACAUUAGCAUUGAUUUUUAAUUCACGAUUUGGGGUUGAACAAAGAAAGAUUUACUAGAAUUUGAUCGAAUGAUCUUGUUCAACCCAAAAUCAUUUGAAAUUUACCCAGUCCAUGUCCCUUGUUGUUCAUAGCUUUAUUAAAUCUAGAAAACCCUAAAUGGAAGAAGUAUUCCAGUUGAUAUAACAUUCCACCAUUUCCUUAGUUAAUUUCUAUCAGAUAUAUUAAUGAACGCAUGAUACCACCUGUGAUGAGCAUGUGUAGUAGUGAACUUUGAAGCUAAUUGCAGGAAUGAUUUGUGAAAUUAUUUUUCAGUUAUUGAUUGGAUGGGGAAUUUAUUAAUUUUCUUUAUUUAUUCCUGUAGUGAUAAAAUCAUUUCAACCAAAAAGAAGAGUCUAUUUUUCAUGCCGUCCUUUUUUUCUGUCAAAAGAAGAACAACCUUUUGUUGUAGAUGUAGCUAAUGUUGGAAUGUAAUAAGAGAAGCAAUAUUGUAAGUAUUAUUGGUUUUGCUCUUACACAAUGUAUGAGAAGUAAUGUCACAGAGUGCUUUACAAGUCCUGUAGGGAGAAUUCUAUCUACAGUCUGUUAAGUCUGGGUUCGAACCCAUGACCCUUGAAUACUAGAGCAAUGGGUGAGAAGUAGUGUGACAGAGCGCUUUAUACGAGUCCUGUAGAGAAUACUAUCUACAGUCUGUUUUGUUUGGGUUCGAACCCAUGACCCUUGAAUACUAGAGCAGGUGUCUCAAGUCCUUCAAUCACCAGAGUGUAUUCCUGUAAAUGCGAUAGGCUUAGGGUGUGGUUCAUUAGGCCAAAUAAAACCAAAUAACAGUUGAUCGUCCAAAUUUUGUCACAAAAAAAGAGGAAGAUGAGGG